GCUGUGCAGCUGCGCCUGACUUCGAAAUGGCUUCACCGUCUUUGUGGAGAUGAAAAGAUGAAUCCAGCUCACGGACUCGGGGGACUUGAGGCAGGUUGCCAGCGCGCUCGACAGUUGGAUGGAUUCCCCUCGUUGGCAGAAUUCAUUGCAAGCGACCCUGAUCACACCUCGUUGGUGUUUCGACGGUUCACCAAGCUCGCAGCGCGGAAUUUGCUAUACCUUCAAAGCGAGCUAGCAGAGCUCGAGGCCAGACAGGAUUGAUUUGACGAAGAAGAUCGUGGUCACCAUAGUGACCUCGAUACGAAGAGAUGUGCAAUGGACUGGCAGUAUUUUGCAGAAGCUGCCGAGGAUGAGCAAAACGCAAAGCAGCAGGCGCGCAUGGAACUGGUAGCGACGAUCCGCACAAGAAUGAAAGAGUACCGUGAGGCACUUCUCUUCGAGUGUACCCUAGCGUGCGUGAAAUCGCCACCGUCGCGCACCUUCGAGGCUGUCUUUCACGCCUCGACGCGAUUUAACAAGGACUCAAAAGAGCACGAUCCAAUAUUGGGCGGUAGCAGUUCGAAGCUGUACAGCCUCAAUGACGAUCUCGUUUUGCUCAAGCAACCUGAGCAUAACGACAGAUUGACUGCGUUCGUUCAACGAUUCCUGCCUGUGUUUCUUGUGUCGGAACAGCGAGCAAGAAAUAUGGCCUACGUCCCCGAAAAAAGUAUCGCAAGGUUCGUGACGAUCCUCAGUAUCGUCAUUGCGGUAGUCUUACUUUUUGUUGCAAUAAUAUGCCUAUACUACAUUAGUAGUCCAACGACAAAACUUAUAAUGGUAGGGAUCUUUAUGCUUCUCUUUGCAGGAAGUGUAGGUCUUUUUACUACAGCAAAGAGAUCUGAGAUCUUUGCAGCAACCGCAGCGUACGCGGCGGUCUUAGUCGUGUUCGUUAGCGGAGAUCUUGGUUCUGGCCGGCCAGAUUGAAAUCUGUGGUACAUAAUUCACAGCUAUUGAUUUAUUCUUGUUUCCCACUUUAUAUCUUGCAUUCAAUAAGAAGUUGACCCUCG